CAGAUGUUAAUCCACUGCACUCGCGUUGUCAUACGGGGGGCUUGCCCUCAUGAUGCGCUUCUUGGCUCCUGUACUCAUUGUGGCGGUUGUUUAGUCCUGGCAGAGGAAGUCUGAGCAAGUGUUGCCUGGAUGAGGUUGGAGGCGCUCCGAGGCGGGCGCACUUUAGAAAUAGAGUCGCCGCUGCUUCACGGGCGCGAGAGGGAGGACUGCAGCGAGGGAGGCGAGCGGAUUCACCGGGUUUCGGGUGGUGGUCGCGAAGUUGUUGCAGAAGUAAAAGUGAAGUGGGCUGGCGGGGAAGUUGAUGACGAAGAGUCAAGCUUCCCGUCCAUGUGCGAGUUGGCGCCUGGCGCCUGCCGUUACAACACUUUCCCUUGGAGCCUGGAUAUUGUCAGACCAGUCCAGCGACUCCAGCGCCUUCACAUACGUCAAAUCUGUAAGCCGUUCCAUUGCAGAUUCCGAUAACGACGUCACAGAAAGCAAGAGUACCAUGGUCGGCAAGGUCUUCCUGACCAUCCAAUCACGCGCUCCGACGGAACAUGGAAAUUCGAACCGGAGCCGAUUAGCCAUCUCUAGAAUCUCUUUAUACAUCCUCGGGAUCCGUCGACCUCCUUCUUUCUUGUAUACACAAUGCGCGAGGAGAAUCGACAUCGGCGCUGUACCCGCAAAGAGCGUCAAGACCGGCCUUGAGCCCGACGACAUGAUCAUUACCAUCCUCAGGCGCCGAGAAAUUCCUCAAUCUUUCCUAGUCAUAUUCAUCCCCUCUCCGAAUUGCGCGCUCGCUCGGUCAGAACGCCCAAUAUGCAUUUCAAGAGAUGGCAUAUCGGCGAGGCAACUACUCCGUAGACCACGAAACCAUUCCACGAUGCGCCCGCUCAGCGCUAUCCGUUCCCCAGACACCCGACCAGCCUCAUCACCAUCUGUCGCUUUUGGUCUAGGGCUGCUUAGCAAGAAAAGGCGUACCCAGCUUCCAACAUGGCCAGUCCAGCCCUGGUGAGUCACGAUAGAGGCCGCCCGCACUUCCGGUCACACAUCCGCUGCGGGACGCAUGUCGUGGAACAGGACGCGGCAUGAGGCGCGCCUGGAACGGUAUGCUUUCGUCGGCUUCAUUCUCCCUCAGAGCGUGCUGUCUUCCGUCUUUCCGCCUGUGUUUCGUUUCAAUGAUCUUCCAUUCGUCUAUCUCAAUGAGGCUGAACGACGUCAGCCCCAGUGCGUUGUCGCUUGGCGCAGAUGCAGCCAAAGAUACAGCAACCCUGCAUGGCAGGACUGGGAACGUCCUCCAUCUCUCCCGUCCUCCACCGAAUCAAGACGAGCAAAACAACGCGGCCUUGCUGCCUGGCACCACGGCUCUAUCCAGUAGCACAGCGCACGCGCGC